UCGCAGAAUGCGGGUGGGAAAUAACGCCUCCCUGAGGUGUCUCUCUCAUACCAGCGGUGCAGUGCUCCUGUUUAUACUCGGAAGUACAAGCUGACAGGCUGACUUGGCUUUAUGAAUUGAUGUAGCUUAGCGUUAGCUGGUCAACAGCGUCAUCAAAUCAGAGACUGAAAACACAGCAAGCAAAGAUGCUUUGGUUUGAGGGAUCCAUUCCUGAAGCCAUUAACUCGGCUAAAGAGCGAAGUUUAGUCUUUGUCGUUGUCAUCACAGGGGAAGAUGAACAGUCAACACAGCUGAUGUCCAGCUGGGAGGAUGACAGAGUCUCAGAGGCUGCACAGAACUGUUGUGUUGCCAUCAAAGUGGAUGCCAAGAGCGAGACGUGUGUGCAGUUCUCCCAGAUCUAUCCAGUGGUGUGCAUACCCUCCAGCUUCUUUAUUGGAGAAAAUGGGAUUCCCCUGGAGGUCAUCGCUGGCAGUGUGUCUGCAGAAGAAUUGAUGAACAGAAUCAACAGAGUCAAGCAGAUGCAUGCUCAGCCCGUUGGAGGUGAGACAGUGUUACCAGAGGCAGGUUCUCCUGUGGAGAUCAGCCCAUGUGACAGUUCAGCCAUAGAAACUGCCCCAGCUCCAGCCUCAGCUCCAGCAGCAGUUCCGGUCAUUUCAUCAGUAGAAACCAGUUGGCCUUCAGCAGCAGCAAACGCAUCCCUCCCGUGCACAGCAGAAGAUGGCAGCACUUCAGCCACACUGACUCCUGCAGAAAGUAGAAAUGCAUCUUCAGAUCAUGCUACUUCACCUUCCCAAAGUGAGGAAAACCUGGAUGCUAAGGUGGAGAGAUUAACCAAAAAACUGGAGGAGAGACGAGAACAAAGGAAGAAAGGAGAAGAAGAGAAUGAGAUCAAGAAGGAAAUGGAGCGGCGGAAGAUGGGGAAGGACAUGCAGGACUUAAAGAGGAAACAGGAAGAGGAGAAGACCAAGCGACUCCUUGAGGAGAGGAAUAGAGAGAAGGCGGAAGAGAAAGCUGCCAGGGAGCGGGUCAAACAGCAGAUUGCCUUGGACCGAGCUGACAGAGCAGCCCGUUAUGCCAAAACUCAGGAGGAGGAGAAAGCUGCCAAGCAGGCCCUACUGCAGGCCAGACAGGCAGAGCAGGAGGUCAGGAAGGAGGCAUUAUUGAGGGAGAGGAGUACCAUAGCAAGGAUACAGUUCCGCCUCCCAGACGGCUCAUCCUUCACCAACCAGUUCCCCUCACAGAGCAAACUGCAAGAGGCUCACCAGUUUGCUGUUCAGGAAGUGGGAAACCGCUACGGUAACUUCUCCCUGGCGACCAUGUUUCCUCGGCGGGAGUUCACCAGUGAGGACCUGAACAAGACUUUGCUGGAGCUGGAACUGGCUCCAAGUGCUUCCAUCGUGCUUCUGCCUCAGUCAGGCAGGCCUGCUAACACAGUGGUCCAGUCCUCUGGGGGUGGUGUCUGGGCAGUCCUGGGUACGCUUCUCUACCCUCUGCUGGCUGUGUGGAGAUUCCUCAGCUCCUUCCUGUUUGCAACACCGCCCCCCCCUGAAACAUCAUCCAGAAGCUCAACCUCUCAGUCCAACUCUUACACCAACUCAGCAUCAGCCUCUGACAAACCAAAGAGAGAAACUCUCUCCAGGCACGCUCUGGAGAAGCGGCCCAAGGACUUCAAGAAAGACGGUAAAAUCUGCAGGCUCAGGACUCAGGAGGACAGUGAGGACGACAACAACACCUGGAACGGGAACUCGACCCAGCAGAUGUAGUGCAGUAAAAGCGCCCCCCCCACCCAUUCUCUCCGCCCCCCCCCCCUCUAGCUGUCCUUGUGUGAAUUUUUUCUGUCUGGACAGUUCAAGUUUUCUGCUGCACUUAGGGCUGAUCCUUUUGAUUUUCUUCUCUUUUUUUUAUUGUGUUACAGGCCUACACCCCUGCAACUCGCCUGCAUGGGUAGAUCAAAAAUAAUCAACAGAACCCCCUUCUGAGCUUAAGUUGAGUGUUUCUCUGUUGAUUAUGAUAUGAUUCUGUCCCCUAAACCGUGCUCAGAUUACAGCAGAUUGAAGAUUUUGAUAGACUGUGAAAGGCUACGCCAGCAUCACAGUAGCCAUUGCAAAAGUCCUCUCAGUUAAUUUUUGCUCAUAGUUGAUCAUUCUCAAAAACAUCAAACAGGUUUAAAAUGAUAUGGGUGGCCCUGGUUGUGAUUUUCCAGCUGGCCUUAAGUUUUCUGAAAAGAGCAAGUCAACAGUAAACGGUUGACAAGAAGAUUUUGUAAUCUGAGACCGGUUUUAUAUUAUGUUAUGGGGUCCCUGCAUUUUGGAAAUGUUUGAAACUUUGAAAAGUCACCUGCUGAUGGCCACAUUAUUAUACAGUGGAAUGAAGAAGUUUUUGUUUUAGAUGUAUGAAAUAUUUCAGACAGCUUGCAGCUGCUGGCAGAGGACUGUACAUCUGUAGCUGUUAGAGCUCUACCAAGGUGGAGGCCCACACACACACCUCAGCAGUAUGUGUUUCUGCCAGAUGAUAACUGGCCAACUACCAUAGUGCUCCUCAUCCAUCAAUGAAAAUAAAAGAAACCUGUUUUUCAAAAAAAAAAAAACAACAAAAGUUGAAUUGUGUCCUGGUUGUUUGUUAAGAAGGACUGAGUCUUACCUGAGCACCGUUCACAUGGGUGAAAUAAUCCUGGCCCACAUAAUGUUAAUAUGGCCAAAAUGCUCAUCCAGAUAAGUUGGCUCUUUGAACACUUCCUCCUCCUCUCCUCUCCUCUCCUCUCCUCUCCUCUGAUCCAAUCCAAUCCUCUCCUCUGCUCCUGUCCUCUACGUCCUCCUCUCCUCCCUCCCUCAGCAGGGUUAGGGUCAGUGCCCCCCCAAAUGUCUGCGCACGGCCCUUAUCGACCAGGCAGAGGCUGCCACGCAAGGUGCCAACCUGCUCAUCAGGAGGAGUUUCUAAUGCUCAUACACACACAGACACACACACACACACCGAUGGGACAGAAUUUAGGAGUAAUUUGGGGUUCAGUACCUUGCCCAGGGACACUUCGAAAUGCCGACUGGAGGAGCCGCGAUCAAACCGCUCUACCUCUCAGCCACAGCCGCCCACAAAUAUCUGAUUUAAUUCAUAUUUAUUCUCAUUAUUUGGAAGCUUAAGCCCCUCAGAAGCCUCACAGCAGGGGCCAGAUGCAUAAACGGUGCAUACAUAUGAAAACCAUGCACACACCAAAGUGGUAUUAAUAAACGCAGAAUGUGCGGUGGGACUGUGGACACCUCAUGCAUUCUUCUGACCAGGCAAUUUAAAAAAGCUGAUGUAAUCUGAGAAUUAAUUUCAUGAUUUAUUAUUAGACACGUCUAUCCUUGCAUAUCCCAUAUUUGACUAUGCAUUGAAUUUCUCUGUUCAUAUUAUGCUGACAUUAAAUAAAAAAUCUGAGAAGUUAUCGUUUAGCUACCAUCAACCUCUCAUCAGCUCUGUCCUGGACAGUACGUUCCACCCACCCACCUUUUUCAGCAAGUCUUUCAAUUUGCUCUGCAGCAUUCUUCUAGAGACCAUCAAAGAAGUCAAAUAUAACAAACUCUUAUUUUGACAGAGCUGCACUGUUAGCAGAAGUGUCCCACCUACACAGAAAAUAAAAUGGUCAACUUUAUAUUUUGGCGUCCUAACUUUAAAUCACAUUUAGGGAAAUCAGGUCAUUUUCUUUUCUCUUCCUGCUAUCAGUGAAACACGGGUUUUUAGCCCAGCUACUCGUUAAAAACAAAUGAUCCAGUUAUAUUUUGGUUUUGUAAAUAUAAAAUGGAAACAGAGAAUUUGAGCUAUGUUCUUGUUUUUGUGUGCUGUUGGUAAAUAAAAAACUUGGGUUGACCUUG